CACGAUGUAACUCGCCAUUGACUGCGACUCGUGACUCGCACUGCGCUGGUAUCACCCAUCCACCAUUUCCAUCCGCGAUUUGUGACCUUAGAAGAACGUAGCAACGCGAUCGGCAAUCGGUAAGCGGCCAACCCGCCCUCCCUUCCUUUGCCCCUCUCCACCUCCUUCACCGCUUCGUUCUGCCAGAUCGCCUUCUGAGCACCCUACUCACACGACCCUCCCUCUCCCAAUGCCAGAAUCCUCCUCAAAGGGCAGAAUGAGCGCCUUUGGCGUCGUGCCACAAGCUGUGGUGGUGCCUGCAGCGGACGGCUUUCCAUUAGCCGCUCAUCGCUUCGAGCCUCCGCCAGGAUCGAGCGCGGUGGGCCAGACGGAUGGACAGGAAGUGAGGGCGGUGGUGGUGGUGGUGAACGCGACGGGAGUGCAAGCGAGGUUCUACCACGAUUUCGCCUGUUGGCUGGCCAUGCAGGGAUUGUGCGCCUUCACGUUCGACUUUAGGUAUAGCGGCAACUCUUUCCCAAAGCAGUGGUUGGACAAGUUGGAAGGUGCAGGGGAUGAGGAGGAGUAUGCGCAAGUGUUCGAACAGGCUAUCAGGACGGCGCCGGAUGAGAUCGGAUUGAUCAGGACGUGGGGAAGAGAGGAUCUGGCUGCUGUGGCUAGAUUUGCCCACGACGCUCAUCCUCGGGCGCCAAUGUGCUUCUUUGGCAACAGUCUGGGCGGUCACCUGAUGACCGUCCUGGAACCUCGCAUGCUGCAAUCCUUUGGCGUGCCCAUUCGCUUCGCCGAUGUCAAUGGCGGCAAUGCGCAUUGGCGAAACCACACCGAGCCAGAAGAGUCGCUGUUCGGCUUCAACGAGGUGAUCAUCAAGCCCAUCGAGACUGAUCGGCUCUUCAGAUCCAGCAGCUUGGGUCUAGGAUACGACAUUCCCUACGGACCAGGCAAGGACUGGAUCGACUGGUUCACGCAUCCCCUCUUCUCGUUGCACGUGCCAGAGGAUGAGCAGAGGGCAAAGGAAAAUGUGCGCAUGUUUGAUUGGAUCUACUUUUCCUUUAGCGACGACGAGACAAUUUCGAGACACAUGAUGCAUCAGCACGCCUCUUUGCUCUGCGGCAAGGGUUCCAGGACAAAGACGCUGUUCAUCGACCCGCCCAAGCUCAAAGGCUGGCCAAAGUGCGGCCACGUCACGUGUUUCAGACCAUCAGGUCCUCGACUGCCAAACAAGACGGGCAGUCCUCGAAAUGUGAUCACGGGCAAAGCAGACAACAGCGGAGAGGGCAGCAGCAGUGACAUCGGCGAAGGCAGCGUAGUGGAGGAAGACGACGACGACGAUGAUGGUGCAGAGAGAGCAGUGAGGGGAGGAGAAGCUUAUGAGCCUAAGGAAUUGCCCGAGGAGAUCGCGAGAGGAGAAGGCGCAGACGCGGAUGCUGCUUCGGAACCUACGGAGCUGCUGGGAAGAGAAGACAGCAUCUGGCAAGUCUUUCUCAAAUACGCCCUCGAAGGUCUCGACACAGUGGAUCCUGCUUUGGGCGACUUGCGAACGUGGGACGAGACUAAUGCGAGGGACUGCGAUGCUCUCAGGCGCGAGGAGCGCCUUGUCCGCGCAAAGGCCGCAGCAGAAGGCGCCAAAGGCAAGACUGAUAGCAAAGCUAGAUUGUGACAAUACCCCUCGAUUGGACCCAAGUCUUGAUCGCCUUUCUUGUGUUACACUUGCAUUUCCAUUGCACGCGCCUUGUGCUUCUUUCAGACUUGCUUUCGUACACACUAGCUGCAACUGAUAGGCGCCGCCGCCCUCUGCACGUCGAAGCUCAUCUGCGAAGCGCGAA